AUGCCUUUUUUUACUUGCAAUACAUCGUCUAAUAAGGUUUCUGAUGCUUGGUUUGAUGUUGACAUCAUUAUUGAAAAGUUACUUCAAGCACAUGGAUAUCAAAAGCAAAAGACACACUGUCUGUGUGAAGGGGAAAUCGAGUACUUGUGUAGGACAGCACAGACUGUCUUCUUAAACCAACCCAUGUUGCUCGAAGUAGCCAGCCCAGUGAAAAUAUGUGGCGAUUUCCAUGGGCAAUACCCGGAUCUUAUCAGAGUAUUCGACACUUGCCUUUACCCACCAGAUUCGAGCUAUCUGUUCCUGGGUGAUUAUGUCGAUAGAGGCAAACAGUCCAUCGAGACAAUCUGUCUGCUGCUAGCAUUUAAGAUAAAGUAUCCCGAUACAUUCAAUCUUUUGAGGGGAAAUCAUGAGACCUCUAGUAUCUCGCGUGUAUAUGGUUUCUAUGACGAAUGUAAACGAAUGUUUAAUGUCAAAUUAUGGAAGACAUUUGUCAACUGCUUUGAUUGUAUGCCUGUCGCUGCCCUUAUUGAUAGUAGAAUUUUAUGUAUGCACGGUGGUAUUUCAGCAGAUAUCAUCAACCUUGACCAGAUUAGGGCUAUCCAACGACCCGUAGAUAUUCCUGAUUCUGGUAUUCUUUGUGAUCUCCUCUGGGCCGAUCCCAGUAAUGAACACACAGGAUGGCAAGAGAGUCCAAGAGGUGUAUCAUACACAUUUGGACCCGAUGCUCUGUCGAAAUUCUUAGAAAGACUUGGACUCCAACUAGUCUGCAGAGCUCAUCAGGUUGUCGAGGACGGUUAUGAGUUCUUUGACGACAGGAGGCUGGUCACGAUCUUUUCAGCCACCAAUUACUGUGGUGAAUUCGACAACGCCGGCUGUGUGUUGAAAAUAGAUCGGUCCUUGACCUGUUCGUUUGAGAUCUUCAAGCCAACAAAUCCAAAACACAAACACAUAUAUUGUAAUAUCUUGAACAAUAGAUCUUUGCCUUUAAUCUAUAUCUAUAUCUAA